AUGGGCGCUGUCGAGAGCAAGCAGCCCCGCAGCCAGAGGCGCGGUGGCGAAGGACAGAGGAGAGGUCUCGAAACAUCGCGGCAGCUGAUCGAGAUCCCUCUCGACCUCAACGCAUUCUUACAGGCAAAAGAAGCCCAGUUCGGCUCUGCCAACCCCGAAGAAGACACAGCAGCCGUCAGCAACUCCAGCGAGGCCGAGUUGGGAGACACCCCAGCCAGCAACACCUCCCCGGAGCAGGGGCAGGAGCAGGAGCCUAACACCAACCCAAAGGCUCCCAUUCAGUCUCCUCUAUCUGUGCAGGCUUCUGUCAGGGCCGCCAACAGAGUCUUUCGCAAUGCCGACUGGUCCGUACCCCUACAAGAAUUCAUAACGGCCCUCAAGCUCGACACAAACGGCGCCCAUGUCAUCUACGAGUCAGACAUUGAAAAGGCAGGUGUCAAGCUUCCCGAGGAGCUAAAGGCACGCACAAGCUUGAGCAACCCAGCCAAAUUCGCAGCCCAUGUCCAUAAGUUUGUGUACCGCCAAAGCAGAACAGCUUUCUCAGAUGAUUUGAGGCAUCUCUACUUCCUCUACCACCCUGAUUCGGAGUGGCAUCCAGAUUUCUGCGACUUUGCUCAGGAUAAGCCUCUGCCAGACAACUUCCUUGGCUUCUCUGAUAAUCUGGAUGCUCUUGUCGCCUGGAUGAUGUUUAUCCGGCAAAACUUGGGGAGACGCUCAGACACAACCAUGUUUCACCUACUGAUACCCACCUGGCGACCCAUGUUCAUUGGCAAUGCGCUCGAGUUUCCGGAUCUGGGGACCCUCACCAUCCACGGCGAGACUCACAGUUCCAACAACUUUGUCUGGUUCAACCUACCAACACUUGAGGACUACCCAGGGAACUUGCUUUUGAAAGACGUGGGGAACGUCACCCGCGAAGAGAGCGAAUGGAAGACGGCUGCCACGGUCGGAACAGCCGUCGGGGGUAUAUCAGCCUCGUUGGCCGGCACCUUCGCCCUCAGCGUAGCUUUCCCUCUCCUCACCCCCCUAGCACUCGUUGGGGCCUUGUCUGCAGCUGGCGCAUGCAGCACCAUUGCCACAACACAGGUGAACAAAGGCCUAAGCAGAGAGAUCCCUCGGGUUCUUGGAGGGUUUGAGGUUACCAAGGAACUUGUGGUCCCAGAGGUUGAGACCGCCAAAGAGGAGUCGGUGGCCAGUGAGCAGGAGGAUCUGAAAGAAGAUCCCAAAGAGGAAAGCAGCAAGGAAGAACCGGUUAAGAGCAAGAGCGAGAAGAGCAGGGCCAAGAAUGAUCAGGCCAAGGAGGCCAAGGAAGCCAAAGAAGCCAAGGAAGCCAAAGGGCCAGUCGACGUCCAAGCAGAGGCCAAGGCAACAAGCGGCAAAAAGCAUCGACGAAGUGAACGCAAAUCAGAAUAUCAAACCCCUUUUCCGUACUUUACCCCAACCUGA